AUGGGUACUUUGGAAGCAUCGUUAUCCAUCACUGGCAUGACCUGUGCGUCUUGCUCAAAUACAAUUACAUCGACACUUCAGAAAUCAGGCUGGAUCUCUAAAGCCACCGUGGACCUGCUGAACAACAGUGCCACUGUCGAAUUCACUGGAGAGAACGACAAGGCCCUCGAAAUUGUCCGAGCCAUUGAAGACCUUGGUUACGAAGCACAAAUCAAUCAAGUCAAGGCGCAAGGAGUUUCACCAAUAGUCGACAACUCCAGGACCGUUGAUGUCCACAUCGACGGCUUUCACUGCGAGCUGUGCCCUAGUAGAGUUGUCGCAGGCCUCUUGCCGCUCCAGGAACAUGGCAUCAUCGAGGUCACGACUCAACCUACCAAGGAUAGCCCGAUUAUGAGCAUCAAGUACGCGCCGAUACCCUCGAGACUCAAUAUCCGGCAGAUUCUGGCGGCUAUCCAGGCCAUCGAUCCAUUAUUUCACCCGUCCAUUCACCAUCCCAUUUCAGCCGAAGAACGAUCGAAACGUAUUCACGCCAGGCAACAAAAGCAGAUAUCAAUGAGACUUUUGGGCACCUUUAUCAUCGCCAUUCCAACUUUCAUCAUCGGCAUUGCCUACAUGAGCCUGGUAUCCAAACAAAACAGUGCUCGGCAAUACCUCAUGAGCCCCAUGGCCGAUGGCAUCAGCCGAGCACAGAUCGCCUUGCUCAUCUUGGCAACACCCGUGUACUUUUGUGCCGCAGAUCUUUUCCAUCGCAGGGCUCUCAAGGAAAUAUGGAUGCUCUGGAGACCAUCAAGUAAGACGCCAAUAUUACAACGCCUUUACCGGUUUGGGAGUAUGAACAUGCUCAUGUCUCUGGGAACAACAAUCGCAUACAUAUCCUCCUUGGCUCAAAUCUUUGCUGCCGCGGUGCACCCACCCAACGGCAUGGUGGAUGACUCAAAUUUCUAUUUUGAUUCGGUUGUGUUUCUGACACUUUUCCUGCUCGCUGGAAGGCUCAUUGAAGCAUACAGCAAAGCCAGGACAGGCAAUGCUGUGGAGAUGCUGGGCAAGCUGCGGCCCACAACUGCCAUCUUGAUCACUAACACAGACAAUGGCACGGCGACGAGUACCAUUGCUGCUGAACUUCUCGAUAAUGGCGACACUAUUCAGGUCACCAACGGCGCAUCCCCGCCAUGCGACGGUGAAGUGUCCCAAGGCGAAUCGCAAUUUGAUGAGUCCAGUCUGACAGGCGAGUCGAGGCUGAUCAAGAAAACCCUCGGGGAUGCAGUCUUUGCUGGAACUGUCAACAAGGGACAUCCAAUCCAGGUUCGAGUCACGGGCGUGGCAGGCCGGUCCAUGUUGGACAAGAUUGUCGAGGUUGUCCGUGAGGGCCAGACCAAACGAGCACCGAUGGAAAAAAUAGCCGAUGUCCUCACCGCCUACUUUGUACCCGCUGUCACCUUGAUCGCCAUUGUUACCUUCAUGGUCUGGCUCAUCCUUGGCGUAUCCGGCAAGCUUCCUGAAAGCUGGCUGAAUGACGACUCCGAGUCGUGGGUGGUGUUUGCACUCCAGUUUGCUAUUGCUGUUUUCGUUGUUGCAUGUCCCUGUGGCCUUGGCCUUGCUGCUCCGACUGCCAUUUUCGUUGGGGGUGGAACGGCGGCCAAGCAUGGGAUCCUCGCCAAGGGCGGUGGUGAGGCCUUUGAGAAAGCGAGCCACGUUAGAUGUAUCGUGUUUGACAAGACGGGCACUCUCACAGAGGGCGGUGAGCCCAAGGUCACUAACCACAAAAUUUGCCGGGAAGACAGCAACGCGCAUCUGCUCGAGGCCAUCAGCACCUUGGAGCAACACAGCAGUCAUCCUGUAGCCAAAGCCCUCCAGUCGUUCUGCAAACCGGACCAGUCACAAAAGUCCAUGCUCGUUCGUGAUGUUGAGGAGAUUCCUGGCAAGGGAUUGAGGGCAACCUUUGACGAUCUUGAAUUGAUUAUCGGCAAUGCAAAACUCAUGGAGGACUUUGAUGUUGAUACGUCGUCCGCAGUGGAACUCGAUACUUGGAAAGGCAAAGGAUACUCGAUUGCACUAGCCGCCACCAAGGUCAACGGGCAGUCCUCGUACAAGCUCGCCGCGUACUUUGCCAUCUCUGACCCGAUCAGAGCAGAGGCGAUCCCGGUCAUCGCGGCACUCCAGGCCCAUGGUAUCGAUGUCUGGAUGCUCUCAGGCGACAACACCGUGACCGCACGCGCCGUGGCCGAACGCAUCGGUAUACCGGAGCACAACGUCAUUGCCGAAGUCCUGCCCACGGACAAGGCAGACAGGGUGGCCGAAAUCCAGGCGGGCAUGAUGGCCCGCAACCGAUCCAACGACAGCCGCCCGCUGAUAGCCAUGGUUGGAGACGGCAUCAACGACGCGCCCGCUCUCGCCGUGGCCGAUGUGGGCGUCGCCGUCGGCUCUGGUACCGAUGUGGCCAUUUCGUCGGCCGACUUCGUGCUCGUCAACUCGGAUUUGCGGAGCAUCGUCACGCUGCUGGCGCUCAGCCGUACCGUGUUCCGCCGCAUCAAGUUCAAUUUCGCCUGGGCUUUGGUUUAUAAUCUGCUUGCUGUGCCCUUUGCUGCUGGUUGUUUUUAUCCGUUGGGCGUCAAACUGGACCCCGUCUGGGCUAGUCUGGCCAUGGCUAUGAGCAGCAUCAGCGUGGUUCUGAGCAGUCUAGCUUUGCGUUUGCAAGUGCCCUUGCUUGGGUUCAGGACAAAGGAGAUUCCUCUGGAGGCUGUUUAA